AUGGCAAAUGUACAAGACAUUGAGCUGUCGAUGCGUCGAAACAAGGCGACACUGAUUGCUGAUUUCUACCGCUCCCUGUCAACGCAAGACAUUGAUCGAAUAUGGCCCUUGUAUACAUACCUUUACAACAAUGACUACCUGAGCUGUCUGACACGAAAAAACUAUCACAACCUAUUUGUAUAUACGAUUCGAUCUCGAGCAUCCCAAAAGAACCUGCACCGAUUGAACGCCCUGGUAGAUGAUAUGAGGCAGCGCGGCUUCUCGUUACGGCUGUCAGAAUACAACAGUUUGAUCAAUUGGGUGGGCGGAAAGACGGUGCCUCACAAGCAUCCUCAUCACUUGAUAGAUGCACUUCAGUUAUUCGACGAAAUGCAGCAACCUUAUAGAAUAGACGAGAAUACGGGCGAGAAAAUCGAAAAGGAUGUGGUGCAGCCCAACGUAACGACAUUCAACUCGCUAAUACACAUUGCAGCUCAACUCUUGGACCUACGAACUGCUCAAAAGCUCUACCACGACAUGGUGUCAAGAGGUCUUCAGCCGGACCAGUUCACUUAUUCCACCUUGCUGCAUGCCAUGGGUAAAAUGGGCGAUGUGGAUGGCAUUGAUCGCAUGCUGGAAGAUGUGCAAUCAAGCGGAUUAAACAAAGUCAUGAAUACAACAGUUAUUUGGAAUGUGGUGAUGACAGGCUACGCUUGCAACGGGGCAAAGGAUCGAGCUUACAACAUGUUUAAGCGCAUGCUGAAAAGUCAAAGGAGGAGCGGAAGAAGGCCGUUAAACAAGACAGCAGCACCGGUCGUGGAUGCGGAGAGCUUUAGGAUAUACAUCGACAUGAUGCUGCAUGACGAUAAACGGAAUGAGGCCAUUUCAACACUGUACUCGAUGAAGGAUGUCGGCGUGCAGCCUAUCAUCACUAUAUACAACACGCUGUUCAGUUCGUUUAUGAGUCAAGAACCUCGUUUUGGGCCGGCCGACAUCGACACAUCUAACGACCAUCACGACGAGGAGGGCGAUCCUCAGCGGAAACAAAAUUUAGACACUUUAGAAAAAAUAUAUCAACAUAUGAAAGACACUCAAGUAAAGCCGAAUUCGGAAACAAUGUAUACCCUCGUAUCCGCUUUUCUUGAUUUAGGUGAUACCAAAGCUGCUUUGGAAGUAUUUGUUCAUCUUAGCACCCGCCACAACAACACCACCACUCCCCCCACUGAACAUCAUGCUGAAAAACCAAACGUACGUUCCAAUUCCGUCGCGACACUGGCAAGAGAUCGCUUGUCAAGAAUGGACCGCAGUGAGCCAGCUAAAAUUGAGCCAAAUCCUGAAUUGCUGGAAAGGUUGAAUAGUAUUUUAGCGAAAUCCAAUGUAUAG